AAUGAAGUCUGGCUUAUAUGAAGAAGAUAAUCUUCACCCUUAAAAUUAACCAGGAUUUAUUACAAUUACAAUUAGAACUACUAGUGAUAUAUAUGUGAAUAAUACUGACAUUAAAAUAAAUCCAUAAAUUCCAUUUUGCGAAUUUUGUCGCAUAGUUAAACAAAUGAUAUUUUCAUCAGUUAAUAAUAGUAAUAAUAAGCAUUAUAUGAUUUAUUAGAGCAAUUUCUCCAUGAAAUAUUAUUUUUAAAAAAGUUUCAAGAGUUUAGAGAGACUGAAGUUAGAAGUUUAGAAUAAUUGGGAUUUAGAAAUCAUGAUAUUUUGGAUGUUAAAUUGAGAUUGAAGGGUGGCUGAUU